UCCACCACUACCCCCAGAGGGGCGGGGUCUGAGUUGGUCUGGGACGGGAUUGGAUUACGGGCUUUCUUAACGUCUAAGAAGAGGGAGAUUGACGUGGGAUUCCGCCCCUCCCCCGCCUGCUUCCUACCUCCCGGCAUGUCCCUAUGUUUUCCUUUCGCCAACCUCGAGCUCUGUUCAAGUUCAGUAUUUUCAACCACAUUAAUUUUGAUCAGGAAGACAACUUCACAAGGGCAGAGAAAGAACAAGAUCAGGAAUGGAUGGACAGUAGGCCCUCAGGCUUUAAAAACAUUCAGGGAUUGCACAGAAACAAGGCCACAUGGAAGCCAAGCGUUCGCAUUCUCGUUCUUCUGGAGCACGUGCCCAGGUAGCAGAGGAUGGGUUUUUAUCUGCACUGAAGAUGCUAGAUGUGGGAAAGUGGCCCAUUUUUGCCCUUUGCUCACCAGAUGAACUGAAGUUAAUUCGUCAGGCCUGUGUCUUUGGCAGUGCUGGCAAUGAAGUUUUGUAUUCUACAGAAAACGAUGAGGUUUUUGUGCUUGGCACCAAUUGCAGUGGCUGCUUGGGAACGGGUGAUAUCCUGCAUUCCAUUGAACCCCGUCGAGUUGAUCACUUAUGCGGCAAAAAAAUAGCCUGCCUGAGCUAUGGAAGUGGUCCUCAUGUCGUCAUUGCAACGGACGAAGGAGAAGUGUAUACCUGGGGCCAUAAUGCUUAUAACCAGUUGGGCAAUGGGACAACUAAUCAUGGUUUAGUACCUACCCACAUCUCUACCAAUUUAGGAAACAGGAAAGUCAUUGAAGUGGCCUGUGGAUCUCACCAUUCUUUGGUGCUGACAUCUGAUGGUGAGGUAUUUGCCUGGGGUUACAAUAACUCUGGACAGGUUGGGUCUGGCUCCACAGCCAACCAACCCAUUCCUCGAAAAGUGACUGGCUGCUUACAGAACAAAAUCGUUACAAACAUAGCUUGUGGCCAGUUUUGCUCAAUGGCCGUGGUGGAGAGCGGCGAGGUUUAUGUCUGGGGAUACAAUGGAAAUGGGCAGCUUGGACUGGGCAGCAGUGGCAAUCAGCCAACGCCCUGUAGAAUAGCGGCUUUACAAGGCAUUCGGGUGCACAAGAUUGUCUGUGGCUAUGCACAUACAUUAGUAUUAACAGAUGAAGGUCACCUGUAUGCAUGGGGAGCCAACUCUUAUGGCCAGUUGGGUACUGGCAAUAAAAGUAACCAGUCAUACCCUACUCCAGUCUCUGUGGAAAAGGACAGAGUGAUCGAGAUUGCAGCCUGUCACUCUGCCCACACUUCUGCAGCCAAGACCCAGAGUGGCCACAUUUACAUGUGGGGUCAGUGUCGGGGCCAGUCUGUGACUCUUCCACACCUCACCCACUUCUCCUGCACAGACGAUGUGUUCGCUUGCUUUGCGACACCGGCUGUAUCAUGGCGCCUCCUCUCUGUUGAGCCGGAUGACCACCUCACAGUAGCUCAGUCACUGAAGAAAGAGUUUGAUAACCCUGAAACUGCGGACUUGAAAUUUCUGGUAGAUGGAAAAUAUAUUUACGUGCAUAAGGUCCUUCUCAAAAUUCGGUGUGAACAUUUUCGAUCUGUAUUGAAUGGCAAUGAGGAUGACAUAGUAGAAAUGGAUGAAUUUUCAUAUCCUGUUUACCGAGCCUUUCUGGAAUACCUGUACACAGACUGUAUCAAUCUGUCUCCAGAGGAUGCAAUAGGACUGCUUGAUCUGGCGACAUUUUACAGAGAUAACCGAUUGAAAAAGCUCUGUCAGCAAACUAUCAAACAAGGGAUCUGUGAGGACAACGCCAUCGCUCUGCUUUCAGCCGCUGUGAAAUAUGAAGCCCAGGACCUAGAGGAAUUCUGCUUCCGAUUUUGCAUCAAUCAUUUGACUGUAGUUACACAAACUUCAGGCUUUGCAGAAAUGGACCAUGACCUUCUGAAGAGCUUCAUCAGUAAGGCAAGCCGAGUUGGAGCCUUUAAAAAUUGAUCAAUAGCUGCGGCCAAGAAAGGGACUCUAGUCCUUUCCAAUUCCCAUGCAAAAGCUUGAGAAGAACAGCUUUCACUUACUUAAUGGCUUGAUCAGUUAUCCCUAGCAGAGUACGCAUCUUCGGAGGACGGAUGUGCAGUGGGAGUCGACUAUUCUCCAUCAGUUAUCUGCCCGAGUCCAGCGUUUACAUAGAAAGUUGAAAACGAGCAAAUGCCGUCAUUUCCACCCCAGUCCAAGCACUCCAUAUGUUACAGACCCUUUAUGAGCUUUUCCGCUCUCCUUUUCAGAUCACUUCAGACAGAACACCUUUAUAUUGGUUUUUGGCAACGACAGCCUCAGGUCAUAAGAUUUUGUGCAAGAUGUUUCCUUUAUUCUAUAGGUCAACAUCGUUCUGAUGGCUUAACAGGGACAGAGAUCCAUUCACUUGAGGCCCAGAGUUUGGGUUCUGAAGACAGCUACUUCUGGGUCUCCAUGAUGAAGGAAAAAACAAUACAUAACAAUUAGAAAACAUGGUCUGUGUUUGAACAGUUACGGUCAAGAGUCAAGUUCCUCUGGUACAGUCUUUUAGAGACAAUGACUAAUUCUCUAACAUUCAUUAGCCUUCAUAAAGGCCUUGUCAUUGAAAGAAUCAAAGGCCCAAGGGCUAACUUGACUAUGUUGUUGUUUGAUUUUUUUUUUAAACUGGAUCAUGAAUUCCUCAGAAGGGGAUAUUAAAUAUGAAGCCUUGAUUCUGAAUGAAUGUUAUUCUGAGCUCAUCUGCCUUACAUAUGACAAAAGGAUCUUUUGUUUCUCUUUGGGUUGACAGAGAUGUUCUUCCCUGCACAAUGAUGAUUUUUGUCAUGUAUAUUCCUUAAGGCUUUUGUGUUACUUUGAAACAGGUCAGUCAUACUGGAACCAAAAAUCAGACUUUUAAUUUUAAUGGCUAAAAAGGACCCAGUACUCAUUUUUUAUAGAGAUGACUGACGAGAUAGAUUUUCAGAUUCCAAUUCAAAUUAAGUUAUCUAAUUGCAGAAUUGAAACCCGAAUGGAUCUCAACAUCAUAUUAUGUAAAGGGGAACAUUUUAGAGUUAGAAAUUGCAUCUUCUACUGAUCUAAUAUUGAAUAAGGAAGUGCUUCUCUACACUACAGUAGAAUAAGUGUUUUUUGCCCAAGAAGAGAAAAAUGAAAAAUACUAGCAGUCCCUUGCCUCUUACAUUCAAAUAAAUCCAUCUGGUGUAUGAUA